GCUUCUCAGUGUGAUGCUGCUGUAUUGUUUUCACCGCAAGCAUCAAAGGGAAAGGCUGAGAGAUACUUUCCUUUGGGUCUCAAUUCCAGCUGCAUGACCUAGGAUUACAGUUGCUAUGGCGAUAAGACAGUUAGUGAAGGAAGGAGUGAAAGCUUUGCUCUGCCACCAAGACACAGUAUGGAAGCCAUUGCCAAGUUUGAUUUCAGUGCUUCUGGAGAGGACGAGUUGAGCUUCCGGGCUGGGGAUAUGCUGAAGGUUUUGAGCUCCCAGGAAGAGUGGUACAAGGCUGAGCUCAGAAGUCAAGAGGGCUACGUUCCUAAGAACUUCAUUGAUUUUCACGUUCCCCCCUGGUUUGAUGAGAGGAUAUCCCGCCAUGAAGCAGAGAACAUCCUCAUGAGCAAAGGAGUUGGCUCCUUCAUCGUCCGAGCCAGUCAGAACUCUCAUGGUGACUUCUCCAUCUCUGUCAGGCAUGAAGAUGAUGUGCAACACUUCAAAGUGAUGAGGGAUUCAAAGGGUAACUAUUACUUGUGGACAGAGAAAUUCCACUCGCUAAACAAGCUGGUGGAUUACUACAAGACAACUUCCAUCUCCAGGCAGAAGCAGAUCUUCCUGAGGGACAACAGCCGAGAAGAGAAGGAGAGGCGUGGUGGGAGCCUGGAACGGAUGGGCCGGGAAGGAUUCCACCUGGGUGGAGCAGCUGGAGAAGAUCAUUCUUCUAUAUCCAAGAGAUAUGUAGAGCAUCCUAUCCCUAUACUGCAGCAGCAACAGGAUAGAUAUGGUGGGAGUCUGGACAGGAAAGAUGGGCUGCAUGGACUAAGGGAUCACGGCCAAGGAAGUGCAGCAGCUAUGCAACGCAGACACACAGACCCACUGCACCAGCAGACAUCGCGAACGCUAUGGGUCCGUGCCUUGUACGACUUCGAUGCUGUGGAGCAUGACGAGCUGGGCUUUCGCAGUGGAGACAUCUUAGAGGUCCUGGACAGCUCCAACCCAUCGUGGUGGAAAGGACGUCUGCGUGGGGAGCUGGGUCUCUUCCCUGCCAACUACGUCACACCGGUGCCCCUGUGAGGGCACAGUAUGCCCCAGAGGGCCAUAUUGGAGCUGUUCUUCUGACAUGACAGGGACACAGAGGGAGUGCAUCUUCCCUUGCCCCCAGGACAUACGGUGGUUUUGGUUUUGUCUUAAUUUAUUGGCAAUUGAUCUUUUGAAAUGUUGGUAUGAAAAGGAACCCUUUGAAGAGGAUAGGAAUUUUUUUCCCCUAUUUUUCACAUCCAUGAAGGGGAGAGAGCAAAAAUCCUGGACUGCUCAUUGAGACCUUGCUGGAUCCUCCCUGCCCUGUCACUUCUUUGGCUAAGUAUUGAUAACUUCCUGCAAUUAGGUUUGUUCUGUGGAAAUGCACCUCAGACAAGUCAGGCUUCAGUAUUCAGGUAGCCCUACCCCUUCCUUUUGGAUCUGGUAGCACUUGUAGUCUCUCCAGGCUCCAUUUCACCCUUCUUUCAGAGGCAGGAGGAACACCCACGUGUAUUAAAUGAUCAUUAGUAAUCACAUUUAUCAUUCAGGUAGGGGAGGAAAGUGAGGGGGCCUUAGGCUGAGGUGCAAGGCAACCUUGACUUUUCUAAACAGUUUCUGGCUUACCCCUCUAGUACUUUCGUGGGUAUGGACUGUAUGGAUAUACCAGAUGAAGGGAAAGGAUCCUGCAAGCUUUUGUACAAACAAACCAGUGGUGAAGGUAUGGGAGGAUUAGAAGCUACUUUCUUUGCUUCUCCUGAUAGUCCUGCUCUUCUUUCCGUGCCCCAUAAUGACAACUUGUCCCACUUUCAAGCUGCUCUCUGAGGUACCUGCACUUCUGUUAGGCAUCCUGGUUAGAGCAGGUCAGGCCCUUCAGCUAAAUUAAUAUCCACUAGAUCAGAUAACAAUGAAUAUCUCUCACUGGUUCCUUUUGUAAAACUGAAUUGGGGAGGGGUUGGAGAGAAGAGGUUUUUCUGGUUUGGUGGCAGAAGUUCUUUCCCUGAGAACGUGAAGUGUUCAGGAUCACUGUGUACACAACUCUGACUUGCUGGUGGAAUGCCUCAUCCAACAGGUUAAGCUGUUACUUUACAGUAUGCAGAGAAUAAAGUUGUGGCCAUCAAA